AUGACCCAGAGCGCCCAACCCUCCUUGGGGCAACCUUCGCCGGACUCGUCUUUCUUUGAGCUUCCGGACGGUCGCAUUGCGCACACUCUGACCGCCUGCACAAGAUGUCGACAGCGGAAAUCCAGAUGCGACCCCGGUAUCCCACGAUGUGCGCCCUGCGAACGAAGUAAUGCGAGAUGUGUCUACUAUGAUUCAACUCGAGACACAACCAUUCCGCGGACCUAUAUCGUGUCCCUUCGAGAAAAAGCUCGUACUCUUGAAAAGGAGCUUGCCAAGGCCGAAAAUGAAAUAAAACACACGGCAGAUGCGGAGUUGAUGGUGCGGGGCGCUGGACGUAUCCGCUUCAAGGACAACGAUGAACCCCGGUAUCUUGGACCCUCGAGCGGCAUCGCCAUGACUCGACUGGUCAUGGAGAUUGCCAAGCAGAAUACAGAUUCCAAAAGUAUUAAAGAUGUCGUCCCAGAAUUGACCGCGCAAGAAAUCAAAGCGGCAUUCACGCAGGAAGAUACCAAGCCAACCUCGAAGAUAUACCCAAUGAUCAGCUCGAUUCCACAGGAGACCUUACCCCCACAAAAUUUGACAAACAAAUUGAUUGAUCUGUUCGUGGCAAAAGCCCAAGCGCUUCUUCCAAUUGUGCAUGAACCGAGUUUUCGACAAGAAGCCGAGGAAGUUUUUAACGGCUCUACUGACCCAUGUCACAACUUUCAACUGCGAAUGGUCAUCGCUAUCAGCAUGCAGAAAUUGAGCCCUGACUAUGCUGGCCUAGCAGACAGUUACUAUCUUGCCGCUUUACCUUUCUUGGAGCCUACGUUGAAAAAUAUGGACCUAAGAGCUCUGCAGUGCCUCGUAAUGAUUGCGCAGUAUUCGACCUUGACACCAACGAGGACAGCUGCGUACUGGGUUGUAGGUACGGCUGCGAAACUUUGCCAGGAGUUAGGAUUGCACGAAGAGGCGACUGUCACCAUAUCACCCUGUGGUCAAUCUCUGAAUCCAUUGGAGAUUGAUAUGCGUCGAAGAUUAUUUUGGAUUGUCGCAUCCAUGGAAUUUGGUUUGUCGCAUAGCUUGGGUCGUACCAGCUCUUAUAGUGUGUCACAGGACAACGUCAACGUCAAAUUCUUUGAGCUGGUGGAUGAUCGCUAUAUCACAGCGAAGGCGAUUGACCCAGAUGCAAAACCCGUCCUCGGGAAAUGUAUCGCGGUGCAUUUCUUCAAAAUGCGUCUCCUUCAAUUAGAAGUCCGACGUGCGCUCUACUUGAAUCGGCGUGAGACCCCGACUCAUGACCAGGAUCCGUGGUUUUCCCAAAUGUUGGCCAAGAUCGACCACUGGAUGGUGACUUGUCCCAAGAACGACGACGGUAGUGGCUUGAAUGUGAAAUGGUUCCAAGGCAGAAGAAAUACAAUUGUCAUUCUGAUGUACCGACCAUCGCCUCAAAUACCUGAACCGUCUGUUUACGCCGCAAAGAUCUGCUAUGAAGCAGCGACUUUCAAUAUUGCCAUGCAUCGCGAGCAGACCAUCACAGGAUCGGUUGAUUUGACCUGGAUCUUCACUCAAUCUCUUUUCAUGGUCUUCAACACGACAUUGUGGACCCUUUCCUAUCCCGAAAUUCGCAAAGAACAUCCCAUCGAGGAAGUCCAGGGAUACUUGGACAUGGCUUUGGAAGUGAUUGAAUUCGCAGCUGAACGGUGGCCUGGUGUUCAAUCGGCUUUACUCCUUUAUAAACGCCUUGUUUCGGCCUGCUUGAAGGCAUACAGUACUGAAGAAUCAUUCGUGGUGCACUCACCCUCAAAUCAUCCCACUCCCACCUCAUCUCAAGGCGUGACGACGCCUCCCGCGAUGUCCAGUCCUUCGAGUACCACGACUUUCUACUCGCAUCACUAUCGUGGCAACCCCUCGGUCAGCGAUAAUGCAUCGGCAGGGACUUAUUCACGCGGCCACUCCGUCGAUCCAAAUAUUCCUUUCACUCAACCUUCCCAGGAAUUUACGCCUCCGGCCUUUGUUCCGAAGUCUUUAGAAUCUACAGGACUUUCUCCCGCGGCUCCAGUAUAUGGUAUACAACAACAGCAAAAUCAAGGGCCCUCUAUUUCAAGCGCAGCCUCUCAGUACACGUCACAGGCCUAUUGCGUGCCAACUUCCCUAUAUCCUGAUGUUUCUAUCGACCCUAAUACACCCUACAAUGCCAUUCCUUCUGUCGUCCCUGGCCUUCAAGGCUGGGAUCCUCAUUUCUCACUUGCAUCGACCACUGCCAGUCACUUGGCGUACAUCGAUGCCACUGUUGAUCCGAUGCAGUGGACAUCUUCUAUCGGAGACCAAUACUCUCAGUACUUCAAUGAACCAUUCCCUGUGCCACCGUGGCGAGAACGUACACUCAGCCAGCAGGAGCAGAUCGAACUCAUGGCAUCACUUGAACACGAUAUACCUGACGUGUCUGCACAACUAGUUCAUGAAUCUAAUGCCUUUUAUCAGUCGUAA